CCUCCUGUACAUGUUUUUUUCUUCCUGUGCAGUGACAGAUCCUCCCCUCCCAUAUCACAAUCACAUCGUCUCCUUCUUCCCUGCUCUGGGCUGAAAUGGCUGCAUGAGAGAUCAGGGCUCCUGGGGGGUGUGGGGGGGAGAGGAAAAAAAAAAAAAAACCUCAGAUGAGGAAAGGAAGGAAGGAAGGACAGCCCCAAAGUCCUGAUCAGUCCUGGCUGUAUGUGGCUCCUGUGCCAGUCACUGUGCUGCUGCUGCCACUGCCAGGCUGAAGGCACACUCAUCCUGUCACAUCUCUAGUGCAACUCUCCCCAUUCCCUACCUCUGUGCCAAGGUGCCGGGGGCACUCUGGGAAGCCUCUACCUCCGCUGCUGCCCUCACUGCACAACAGGAAGCUCCGCGGCUGCCACAUGACCUCUCCGCCCUGAUCCCGGCUCCUCUGCUCCUUCCCUUCUCCGCAGGCUGAGAGAGAAUCACCCUGCGCCGGGGCAAAAGCGAAACAAGUUGGCGCCGUGCGAGAGAAUCAGCACCCCCAGAAGCCUUAAAGAGCAAGAGAAAACUUCUAACCCUGGAGUCUUUACUUAUGAUCCAUGGGCAGAGUUACAGCCCAUCCCAGGCAAGCUACAGACAGGCUUCUCUAAGCAAUCCUUUUUAUUGUGAGCUGCCUGGGAGAGCGUUGUCCCCUAACCAGAAGGGCAUGGAGGGGAGAAGUGAGAGUCCCAGCCUGAGGGACAGCCCGGACAGAGGGAGCAACAGCCCAGAAUCGAAAAGUCCUCCCCCCAAAAUGGCCAGGUUGGAACAGAAUGGUAGCCCGACAGGAAUCAGGGGACGACCCAACGGCUCACUUAGCAAAUAUAAUGGAGAUCUGGACUCAGGUCUCAUGCUUCCGGUCUUCUGUGUAGUGGAGCAGAUGGACAACAGGGAAGAACAUGCCGAGUUUGUACUGGUUCGGAGGGAUGUUUUGUUUAAUCAGUUGGUGGAGACAGCUCUCCUGGCCUUGGGAUACUCUCAUUCAUCUGCCGCUCAAGCUCAAGGAAUAAUUAAGAUUGGACGUUGGAACCCGCUGCCCCUCAGUUAUGUGACUGAUGCACCAGAUGUGACUGUUGCUGACAUGUUACAAGAUGUCUAUCAUGUGGUAACGCUGAAGAUCCAAUUACAGAGUUGUUCCAAGCUAGAAGACUUGCCUGCAGAGCAGUGGAACCAUGCCACAGUGCGAAAUGCCUUACGCAUGCUGCUAAAGGAGAUGAAUCAGAGUACCCUCGCCAAAGAAUGCCCCCUCUCUCAGAGCAUGAUCUCUUCCAUUGUAAACAGCACAUACUAUGCCAACGUGUCUGCCACAAAAUGCCAGGAGUUUGGGAGAUGGUAUAAAAAGUACAAGAAGAUGAAAGUUGAAAGAGACAACCUAACAGACUUCUGCUUAGUGGGCCCAAGACCAACACACUUACCAAACAUCAACCAGUUGGCAAGUUUGGGAAAAACCAGCGAAGCACCUCCUCACAGCCAGCUCCACCACAGUCCUCCAAUCAGAAGCCAGGUUCCAUCCUUGCAGCCCAUAAUGAGCCCUGGACUUCUUUCUCCACAACUCAGCCCUCAGUUAGUACGGCAGCAGAUAGCCAUGGCCCACUUGAUAAACCAACAGUUAGCUGUGAGCAGACUUUUGGCUCACCAGCAUCCACAGGCCAUCAACCAGCAGUUUCUAAACCACCCUCCCAUCCCAAGGCCAGUUAAGCCAGUAGAAUCUACGAAUUCAUCUGUAGAGGUUUCUCCUGAUGUAUACCAACAAGUCCGAGAUGAGCUGAAGAGAGCCAGUGUGUCUCAAGCUGUCUUUGCAAGAGUGGCAUUCAAUCGCACCCAGGGCUUACUCUCAGAAAUCCUUCGUAAGGAAGAGGAUCCCAGGACAGCUUCCCAGUCUCUAUUAGUAAACCUAAGAGCCAUGCAAAACUUUCUGAACCUCCCAGAGGCAGAAAGAGACCGCAUCUAUCAGGAUGAGAGGGAGAGAAGCAUGAACCCAAAUGUGAGCCUGUUGUCCACAUCAUCCAACAGCUCAAGCUCAUCGAGGGUUCCACAGAUGAAAACCUCCAGCACUCCGACAUCAGACAUUCAAGUGAAAGUAGAAGGAGAAGGCUCCAAUGUUAACAUCACAGCUGUUGUUUAUGAUGAGAUUCAGCAGGAGAUGAAACGGGCUAAGGUGUCCCAAGCUCUCUUUGCCAAAGUAGCUGCAAAUAAAAGUCAGGGAUGGCUCUGCGAACUCCUCCGAUGGAAGGAAAACCCCAGUCCUGAGAACCGCACUCUUUGGGAGAACUUGUGCACCAUCCGACGCUUUCUGGCUCUGCCUCAACAUGAACGAGAUGCUGUGUAUGAAGAGGAGUCACGGCACCAUCACAGCGAGCGGCUCCAGCAUGUGGUACAGCUUACCCCUGAGCCAGUGCAGGUUCUUUUGGGACAACAGCCCCAGCCAGCCAAAGAAACCUCACCUCCAAGAGAAGAAGUUCCACCUGUUCCACCACCACCUGAAGACAGCUGCACCAAAAAACCAAGAUCUCGCACUAAAAUUUCACUGGAGGCUUUAGGCAUACUUCAGAGUUUUAUUCAUGACGUAGGUCUAUACCCUGACCAAGAGGCCAUACACACUUUGUCAGCCCAACUCGAUCUGCCCAAACACACCAUCAUUAAAUUCUUCCAGAACCAACGCUACCAUGUCAAACACCACGGCAUACUUAAGGAGCACUUGGGAAUAGCGGUGGAUGUGGCAGAAUACAAAGAUGAGGAGCUUUUGACAGAGUCAGAGGAAAAUGACAGCGAAGAAAGCUUGGAAGAAAUGUAUACAGUUGAACAGAAUGAGGAAAAUAGUGGAAAAACAAAAUGUAAUGCAUCUGAGGUGGACCAGAGAUAAUACUAAUUUCCCAUUAUAAAAACAUGGUUGCAAUACAAAGACGCAAUGACACUUGCUAUUUGUUAUGCUCUCACUUUCUGCUACAAGAAGAGAGCAAAGAACAAUAAGUUUUGGUACUGAUACUGUUGGAUUUUUCCUUGACACUUGAGUGUAUAAAUGAUACCCUACUGGAAACAAACUAGUAAAAGACUAUAUAUUCAAUCUUCUUGCACUUAUGGUGAAGAUUCAAGUAAAUUACGGGACCUCUCAACAGAUAAAAUCAAUGAAGGAAAACUAAUUGUAUAUGUAAAUAUAUAUAUGUGUGUACCUAUGUGUGUAUAGGUAUAUGUAUGUGUAUAUGUAUGAUAUAUAUAUACACACAUACACACACAGAGACACACAUACAGACACGCACACACACAGAUAUGCUACAGAUAUGAUAUAUAUAUAUAUAUUGUAUUUGAAGCAAACAUUUCUUUCUCAAAGUAUAGACUGUGAAAUGACUUAAUUAAACACCAGACUGGUUUAUGUAUUAAGACCACUUAGCAAUGAGAAGCUGCAGGUUGGGGUUUCCUCUCUUACAGACUGUCAGUACUCAUUGAGUGGUAAAGGAUAAUUUUGAGUCUAUAUUUCCAAUUGUGUUUAUCUUUGAUUUUUUUAUGCAUUCUGCUCUCUUUCUAUCUGCUUGGUGGGUUACAUUUAUUUAAAAGAGGCAAUAAACAGUGUAUAAUAUAAAAUAAAUUAAAAGGUCAUAGCAUCCUUCAAAAACAGUAUGGGUAUAAAGCAAAUGUGUUAAACGUGUUUCAAAACAUCUGAGAGCAAUAUUUUGAAGAGGCCCUCUGAUCACAUGCACAGUGGCAUUACACUGCUUUAUAGAACUGUAUCAUUGUAUCAACUGUGUCAUUGUUUUGAUUGAAGAAUUUUUUCAUUGCCAUUUAGUCAUUCCUCGACCCAAAUCCAUUCCUAACAGCUGUGAUGGACACAGGAAAUCAGAAAAGCAGGAAACAAAUUGGAAGUGUGAACUGCAUCUCAUCCUCAGGCACAUUUCAUUUGGUUCCCCCAUUGGCUAAUUGACUGGCAGCCUGUAUGCCCCAUCACUGAUUGACAGUUGUUAAUACACUUAUAUGGAAACACAGAUCCAGUGAGCUAUGGCAACUUGUACUGACACUUUAGUUGAAAGGAACCCAUACAAUGCGCAAGCACCAUGAAAAAAGUAUAAGAAGUUUGAUACACAGUUGAACAAAGCAGGCCCCCAUCAAGCUAAAGAUCCUACUCUCUUUAAAGGAACGUUCCUGUCCCUGGAAUACCAAUUUGCCACUUUAAAGAACUAUGCGUACUCCUUUUUUUUUCCUUUUAUUGUGUUAAAUAUUAUUGUAGUGGCUAUGGGUUUCAAGUCAAAUGGGAUAAUUGAUGAAAGCAAAUAAUAUAAAUAUUAAAUGUAUGCAUAUUUUGUUGCUGCUCACAAACACUUGUAUCUACAUUUGUAAUGUUGUCCUAAAGCACUUGAGGGAAUAGAUCAUUACCAGCCAAGCUGACUAGAAAUGCAGUGUUUUCCAACUGAGACCAUGAGACUCAAUUACAUAUUAAUAAGACUAUCCAUUACUAAAUGUGCUGAUUGAUAAAUAUAUGUGCUUAAUUCAUGUAAAGCAAAGUUAGGCAACCCUUUGUACUGCAGGUACUUGCACAGCUGGAGCAAGGAUACGGUUGCUUAUCUAUGAGUUAGAGACAGCACUACCAGGUCCAUACAUGGAUUAUCCCUGAAGACCUGUUCAGCUACAUUGUUUUUAACCUUAGCUGAGUUUAUUAGCACCACCUGCUUUGCCUUGGAGUGCUACCAUUUUGUCACCUAGGCAGGUGGGUCAGGAGGCUUAGUUUGGCAUCAGUCAUUCUAUCCAUUUUGAGUUUACAGUCCAUAUUAUAUCUGGGACACAGUGUAGGUAUGGGUACUAACAGCUGGCUGGGAUUUCUAUGGUGAGUACAAUAGGGGGAUCAUUGUCCAGCACUGCAUUAAACAUCAGGAGUCAAGCUGCUAAGUAGCAACUAUCAUCCACAUCCUAAGGAAAUAUACUAAAUGUGCAAUAUGAUGCAGAGAUUUGAUGUUACUCUUUUUUAUAUAUUUUGAGGGUUAUGCGGUAACAUACGGCAAUGGCUGCCAUGGUAGAGUAAACCAUAGCAAACAAUGAGACGUUUAGUUCAGUUAGCAAGCAAGCCUCUCGCUAGUUGUUAUGGCUUUCUGAGCCUGAGCAAACUAUCCCCAUGUUACGUCACAAGCACAUUUGUCUUCUCCAUUGACUGCUGUGCAGAAAUAUCAAGAUCACUUACCAGUUAUAACCUGAUGGUGUGAUUACUGAGUAUCCCAGGUUUUACAGUUGUAUAUUGAUAUUAGAAAUGAUGUGUGAAACUAAGUAAAAAUGAUCUGUACUUACAUAUGGA